AAAAAAUAAAUAAAAUCUAAAAAAAAAGGAGGGGAGUUUGUUUCUCCCCCAAAUGGAAAAUUCUGCAAGCUAACAAGGGACACUUGGGUUUGGGCCAUUGGUUCUGUUCUACGAGUCUGUGUUGAGCAAAGAUUGGCGUUUCUAAGGAAAGUGCGGAAGCAUUUAGUCUGGGCCGGAUUAUGAAGACUCCCUGUUUCCCAAACCCUAAAGCAAGGGAGCAAAGACUGUCUGUUCGGAACACCGCCACCCGGGGCUCCGCGUGGAACCCGCGGGGCUGGGAGGGGCCCCUUCGCGCAGGUCCCUGGGGAGCACGCGGGGAGGCGCAUGCGCGCGGCGCCUCACAAACUCGCGCUUCUUUUUCUCGUUGGAGCUGCUGUGUUUCCCUGAUUUUACCUGGCGACAGUUUGCAUUCUCCGCGCCUGCCAUGGCGCAACUGGAAGAACUGGAGCUGCUGAAGAAGAGUCUCCAGGAAGAGGCCGAGCGGCCGGCGGAGCUAUUUCAGAAGAAGGUGGAAGCUUCCUUUUCUAAAACAGUUCUGAGCCGAGGAAUGGAUAACCGGUACCUGGUAUUAGCAGUCAAUAUUGUACAGAAUGAAGAAGGAACCCAUGAAAAACACCUAAUCAUCACUGCUUCCCAGUCACUAGAAAAUAAAGAACUGUGUAUCCUUAGGAAUAACUGGUGCUCUUUACCAGUGGAGCCAGGGGACAUCAUUCAUUUGGAGGGAGACUGCCUAUCUGAUACUUGGAUAAUAGAUGAAGAUUUUGGAUAUUUAAUUCUAUAUCCAGACAUGCUGAUUUCUGGCACAAGCAUAGCCAGUAGUAUUCGGUGUAUGAGAAGAGCUGUCCUGAAUGAAACUUUUAGGAGCUCUGAACCGGCCACACACCAAAUGCUGAUUGGUACAGUUCUUCAUGAAGUAUUUCAAAAAGCAAUAAGCAAUAGCUUUGCCCCAGAAAAGCUACAAGAAUUUGCUUUUCAAACUGUUCAAGAAAUAAGGCAUCUUAAGGACAUGUAUCGCUUAAAUCUGAAUCAAGAGGAGAUAAAACAAGAAGUAGAGGAGUAUCUUCCUUCAUUUUCUAAAUGGGCCAGAGAUUUCAUGCAUAAAUACACUUCAGGUGACUUCCCCCAGAUGCAGCUCUCUCUGCCAAGUGAUGGUAAUAACAAUAAUUCAUCGUGUAAUAUUGAAGUCAUAAACUCAUUGGACAUUGAAGAAAGCAUUUGGUCCCCAAGGUUUGGAUUGAAAGGCAAAAUAGAUGUCACAGUUGGUGUGAAAAUACAUCGAGGAUGUAAAACGAAGUAUAAGAUAAUGCCAUUGGAACUUAAAACUGGCAGAGAAUUAAAUUCUAUUGAACACCGUAGUCAGCUUGUUCUGUACACAGUGCUGAGCCAAGAGAGGAGAGCUGACCCCGAGGCCGGCCUGCUCCUUUACCUCAAGACCGGCCACAUGUACCCUGUGCCGGCCAACCAUCUUGAUAAAAGAGAAUUAUUAAGGCUAAGAAACCAGAUGGCAUACUCUUUGCUUCACCGUAUUAGCAAAUCUGCUAUUGAAAAGGAGAAGACAAAGCUUGCUCCUUUGCCACAAAUAAUUGAGGACCAGCAAACUUGUAAAUAUUGUUCACAAAUUGGCAACUGUGCUCUUUAUAGCAGAGCUGUUGAACAACAGAUGGAUGACAGUUCAGUCCCGAUUGGCAUGCUGCCCAAAAUAAAAGAAGAAACCCAACAUCUAAAGCUUACACACUUGGAGUAUUUCAGCCUUUGGUGUCUAAUGUUAACCCUGGAGUCACAAUCAAAGGAUAAUAAAAAGAAUCACCAACAUAUAUGGUUAAUGCCUGCUUCAGAAAUGGAGGAGAGUGGCAACUGCAUUGGAAACCUGCUUAGAACAGAAUGUGUUAAGACAGUUUGUGAUGGACAAUAUUUACAUAAUUUUCAACGUAAAAAUGGUGACAUUCCUGUCACAAAUCUAAUGGCAGGUGAUAGAAUUAUUUUAAGUGGAGAAGAGAGAACACUGUUUGCUUUGUCUAGGGGAUAUGUGAAAGAGAUUAACAUGACAUCAGUAACCUGUUUAUUAGACAGGAACUUGUCAGUACUCCCAGAAUCAACUUUGUUCAGAUUGGACCAGGAAGAAAAAACUUGUAAUAUAGAUACUCCCUUAGGAAAUCUUUCUAAAUUGAUGGAAAAUACUUCUGUCAGCCAAAAACUUCGAGAUUUAAUCAUUGACUUCCGUGAACCUCACUUUAUAUCCUACCUCAGUUCUGUUCUUCCAUAUGAUGCAAAGGAUACAGUUGCCUGCAUUCUAAAAGGCUUGAAUAAACCUCAGAGGCAAGCAAUGAAAAAGGUACUUCUUUCAAAAGACUACACACUCAUCGUGGGUAUGCCUGGAACAGGAAAAACAACCACAAUAUGUACUCUUGUAAGAAUUCUCCAUGCCUGUGGUUUUAGUGUUUUGUUGACCAGCUAUACACACUCUGCUGUUGACAAUAUUCUUUUGAAGUUAGCAAAGUUUAAAAUAGGCUUUUUGCGUUUGGGUCAGACUCAGAAGGUACAUCAAGACAUCCAGAAAUUCACAGAGGAGGAAAUUUGCAGAUCCAAGUCCAUUAAAUCUUUAGCUCUUCUGGAAGAACUCUACAAUAGUCACCGUAUAGUUGCAACAACGUGUAUGGGAAUAAACCAUCCAAUAUUUUCUCGUAAAACUUUUGAUUUUUGUAUUGUGGAUGAAGCCUCUCAAAUUAGCCAGCCAGUCUGCCUAGGGCCACUUUUUUUUUCUCGGAGAUUUGUGUUGGUGGGGGAUCAUCAGCAGCUUCCUCCCCUGGUGCUAAAUCGUGAAGCAAGAGCUCUUGGCAUGAGUGAAAGCUUAUUCAAGAGACUGGAGCAGAAUAAGAAUGCUGUUGUACAAUUAACUGUGCAGUACAGAAUGAACAGUAAAAUUAUGUCCUUAAGUAAUAAACUGACAUAUGAAGGAAAGCUGGAGUGUGGAUCAGACAAAGUGGCCAACGCAGUGGUCAGCCUACCUCACUUUAAAGAUGUAAAGCUGGAACUGGAAUUUUAUGCUGAUUAUUCUGAAAAUCCUUGGAUGAUUGGAGUAUUUGAGCCAAACAAUCCUGUUUGUUUUCUUAAUACAGACAAGGUUCCAGCACCAGAACAAGUUGAAAAGGGUGGUGUGAGCAAUAUGACAGAAGCCAAGCUAAUAGUUUUCCUGACCUCUAUUUUUAUUAAGGCUGGAUGUAAACCCUCUGAUAUUGGUAUCAUUGCACCCUACAGGCAGCAGUUAAAGAUCAUCAAUGAUUUACUGUUCCAUUCUUCUAUCAGGAUGGUCGAAGUUAACACUGUAGACAAAUACCAAGGAAGAGACAAAAGUAUCAUUCUGGUAUCUUUUGUUAGAAGUAAUAAAGAUGGACCUCUUGGUGAACUCCUGAAAGAUUGGCGGCGUCUUAAUGUUGCUAUAACCAGAGCCAAACAUAAACUGAUUCUCCUAGGAUGUGUGCCCUCACUGAACCGCUAUCCUCCUUUGGGGAAGUUACUUGAUCAUCUAAACUCGGAAAAAUUAAUCAUGGAUCUUCCAUCAGAGGAACACGAAAGUCUUUGUCAUGUAUUGGGUGAUUUUCAAAGAAGAUAAAGCACUGUUUUCUUUGAUUUCUCAUACUGGCAUAUGAGAGCUCCUCUAAAUAUUACCUGUUAUUUGCAAUUUGGAUGUGCUAUGAAAGCAGUGCCUGGUUAGAUUGUGAAGAUGACUUUUAUCCCAAGGGUAUGAAAUGGUGUAAAUGUACUUUGUUGAGAGUUCCAGUUUUUUGUUUUCUUUAUUUAUUUUUUUGGUAUAGUCUUGUUAAAGUUCUAUCAUUGUGUAAAAUGUAACACACUAUUAAUUUUUUCAGUUUUUCCAAAACUGAAAAGUCUAAGUUUUGUAGGUACUAUCAAUGUGUUUUUGUGUGACCUAGAAAGAGUUUGAUAAAUUUUUACCAGCUUUAGUAAUAGAUUAACUUUUGGAUCUGAGAAACUUUAAGUCUAAAAUUUCAAUACUGAUUUGAUUUUGUAGAUUUCUGUCAUAUUUUGUUUAUUUAAGAGAUUAGGUAAAGAAAAUUCAUUUGUUUUUUCACUUAAGCACAAUCUUGUGAUGAUGAGAACACAAGUGUGAUUCUUUUCUGUGUUUUGUGGUCUGUGAUCCAAGGCCAUUUUGCUGGGUUUUUCUCCUGACUGUUGCAUUUUGGUAUAAGGUACAUUUUCACUUUAAACCUAGGCUUUUAGGGACGCCUGAGUGGGUCAGUCAUUGGGCAUCUGCCUUCGGCUCAGGUCAUGAUCCCAGGGUCCUGGGAUCGAGCCCCGCAUCGGGCUCCCUGCUCUGCCGGAGGCCUGCUUCUCCCUCUCCCACUCCCUCUGCUUGUGUUCCCUCUUUCGCUGUGUCUCUCUGUCAAAUAAAUAAAUAAAAUCUUUAAAAAAAUAAAAAAUAAACCUAGGCUUUUAAAGUAUUACUUAUAAAUUAAUUAUUUCCAAUUAAUUUCUGAUUCCCCUUUCUUGUUAUUUUUAGUAUUCAGUAUUCUACAGAUUUUGAUAUAAAAUGAUAUGAAAAUAAUUUUUUUUUUUUUAGUUUUUUUAAAUUGAUGACAAAAAGGUAUAUCCCUAUUUUUUUUUUUAAGAUUUUAUUUAUUUAUUUGACAGAGAGAGAGACAGUGAGAGAGGGAACACAAGCAGGGGUAGUGGGAGAGGGAGAAGCAGGCUUCCCACUGAGCCCGGAGCCUGUAACGGGACUUGAUCCCAGGACCUUGGGACCAGGACUGGAGCCGAGGCAGAUGCUUAACGACUGAGCCACCCAGGUGCCCCAGUAUAUCCCUAUUUUCACCUAUUGUUCAUAUGCCCCAUUUGUUUUGAGACACUACUCAGUUGUCUCAAUUUUUUUGAAUAAAGAUAUUUUGUAAAUCAGAAUUACCUCAAAGUGCUUAGUUAAGUAUAUAGUGACCAAUUUUAACCUCAAUGUAUCCAUCUUCGUUUGGGGGGCAGAUAUCUCUUUCUCUCAAAGUUGUUUUUUCUUUUUUUAAAUGAAUGUGAAAUAUGUUAAAAUUGUUGUUUCUACCUCAUGUUUUUUAAAAAUUACUUGCAGUUUUUUAUUAAAUAAAUCA